GUCAUUUUCUGCGCUGCACAAAACAUUGUCCACGAUCAGCUGAGCUCUAACAUGACUUGGACCUCCCUCAGCCUUAGUCUGAUAGAUACUUGCUGGUUCUUUCUGGCUCUGUGUUUCCUUGUAGCCUUUAGCGUUCACAAAGCCUCAGCCCAGCUUCCGGGAGAGUACCGGAAGUCCAGUCUGCUCACAUUGUUUCAGGAUCUGAUUCGCUACGGAAAAACCAAACAGAAGCUGCACCGAGCACAAUGGUUGCGAGUGUUUGACGUCCCGAAACGGUGGUUUUGGCACUUUUAUGCCAUCUCUAUUUGCUGGAAUAUUUUCCUUCUGCUGUUGUCUUUCAACUUCAUCUACCAGCUGCAGUCAUACCCAUCAUGGCUGACUGGGAUGUUGGAGAUUUUAACUGGUGCACCCAGUUCUUUUGGCCAAGCCCCGCAGCUGUCCACGGUCCUGGUGCAGCUGCUGCUGUGUGUCCACUCCCUCAGGAGGCUGCUGGAGUGUCUGUUUGUCAGCGUGUUUUCUGAUGGGGCCAUGCAUCUGGUGCAGUAUUUGUUUGGCCUGGGGUAUUACAUUGUGCUGGGAUUGACUGUGCUUUGCUCGGAUCGCACGGCAAAAGGUCCUGGGACUCUCCUCUCUCGCUCGGAUUGGAUUUGUGCGGCCGGAUUUGCUCUCUUCAUCGCGGCCUCUCUCCUGCAGCAUCAGUCUAUAGUCCUGCUGGCUGGGCUACGCAAAGGAAAGUCAGGAAGAGUGGAGACUCUGGCUCACCGGGUGCCAGAAGGGGGCUGGUUCGAGCUGGUUUCCUGUCCACAUUACUUCGCCGAACUGCUCAUUUACGUCUCGCUGGGCUUCGCUCUCGGCGGGUUCUCUUUCACCUGGUGGCUGGUGGUCCUUUACGUGCUCUUCAACCAGGCACUGGCUGGACAGCUUUGUCACGACCUCUACGUCAGCAAGUACGAGUCGUACCCAAAGCACAGGAGAGCUUUUAUACCUUUUGUGCUCUGAGCUCUCUGCAACUGUAAAUAUGCAGAAGAUUCUGACACAAGAUGCAAACAAUGGACCUUAAAUCAGUGUUGUUAUUACUGUCCGAUCUUGUUUUAUACAUGACAUACAUGAAUACAUGAAUUUUUUUGUUACGCCAACAUGGGUUUACUUGUAACGACAUUUCAUAUUAUUGUAGUUGAAGUUAAAACUUAUUUAUAAAGAUGUAAAACAAUUGCCAUUGAUUGCAUUGAGUGUUUUGCAUUAAAAUAAUAAAACACCCAAAAUGGUAAAAUAUUAAAAUGACAGGAUAAAAAAAAUAAUUCCUCUCAUACAUAUAUAGAAGCAUGGGGUUUGGAAUCUAGCUGAUGUGCUGGGAGAAUUGAUCCCACAAUUUUAGGGGUGACAAUUGUGAAUUUUUCUUUUGCACCAGUCUGGACACUGGUACAGAGCUGAUCACUAAAAAUACCAAUGAAAGUUUGCAAAAUAGUUUUUAGUAGACAUUAGAAUGGUUUGAUUGCGUAAAAAAAUAAAUAACCCAAAAUGUCACAGUAACGUAGGCACUACAAUACACCACAAACAAAGAAGAUGCUUGUGAAGUUUGAAGCUGGCUGUUGUUGCUUUGGCACUGAGGGUAAAUAAGUUUGUUUAUUCUGAAGCGCUUCCAGAAAGUUUUGUCCAGGUUGGCUGUCCAGUUGGAGGCCACUAAUAAUCUCUUAGUGCCACAAAAAUACCAAACACCAUAAGAGAAUUUCAGGAGUGCCGUUUAUGCAUAUUGACGAGGUGGAAUUUUACAUUUCAGGUGGAACAAAUAACUUUUUAAAUAAGAGUGAUUUUAGAAAAUGCACGUUAAAGAAUACAACAAAGGUAUUUUCUGAAGACUAUUGAAUGCUAACUCUGUCUUCACACUCUUU